AUGGCUAGUGCGCGGUUCCGGAUCAGGAAGCGACUGGACGAGCUUUUGCGCGAAGCGGUGCCAUACGGCGAUCUCAAGCAGCUGUUGCUUAGCAGUGUUGUCUCAGAUAAACCCUACACUCUUGAACGAGCGACAGAUCGAUAUUUGACCCAGUUUGAGAGACCAACUGAUCGUACAGAGGUGCCCGGUACAGAGUCUUCAAUCGUGAGCCACGAAUAUUACAAUGCGCGCAAACAGAGAUACGAGGCAAAGCUGAAUAAUUCUCGGGUCAUCGACCCGCUCUCAUCACCGCAAUACCUGAAGUUCUUCAAAGAGCUGCGAAGAGACCACCUUGGAAUAUCGCGGCUGCAAAAGGCAUACUUCGCACUGCCCCGGCCGGCACCGUUGUACAUGCAAGCACAGGAUCUGGAGUUCUUCAUACGGUAUCUGUGCAACUGUCCGCAUGCUUUACGCAAAGACACCUUUGGAGUGCACUUUUUGCACGACAUGCACCAAUCGGGACUGAAGCUCGGUCUCGGCGAGUUUUUCAAGCUGCUGGACUCCUUGAAAGGCAUAGUCACGCUCGAAUCGGUGUAUGGGAUGUACAAGCAGCAAUGCGGCGUGUCUCCCACGUUCAUGGGACGCAUGCUGAACUACUCGCUGUCUGCGCGAAAUAUGGCCGGCUGGGACAUGGACAUAAAAAGUGCGACCACCAGGUUGCAGCAUCAGAUACUGAGGGACCUUGUGGAUCACAAUGUUGUGCCGAACAUGUAUCUGAUGCAGCAGCUACUAAAAAUCGGUCGACGAGCGCCGGACGCGUUGUUCCUGUUGGAGAUCACGGAGCUGGCUCUGCACUGCCGCGUCGUACACAGACAGACGGUGCGCACUAUAGCGAGCUGCAUGGUGCAACAGCAGGAGGAGGAUCUGGCUGCCGAGUUUCUGCAAGCGUAUCGACUGCUGAACGAUCGAUUCGACACAGAUCUAAACCCGAGUGUACAGUUCCAGCGGGGCCGGUUGCUCGAACAUCAUUUGGAGCAGACGGCAGGGAGCUGGUGCGAGGUGGUGUACUAG